AAAUGCGGUUGCACAGUACAGUACACAGCCGCAAGUGGCGAGGGGGUAGUGGAUGAGUUGUAGUGUUGUAUUAAGUGACCAGAACAUACUACUCCUAACGUUUGAGUGAAAAUGUCGUCAGUCAGCGAAGAACUUAAAAGCCUUGUAGUACAGUUAUACGAAAUUGAUGCUUUAAAAUUUGGGGAUUACAAGAUGAAAGUGGGAAUUAAUUCCCCAGUGUACUUUGAUCUGAGAGUAAUUGUGUCACAUCCUUCCCUGAUGAGCGUACUGUCAAAACUUCUCUGGAACUUUGCACAAAAUCGUGCAAAAUGUAACCAUAUUUGUGGCGUUCCAUAUACAGCUUUACCUAUAGCAUCUCUCAUAUCUGUGAAUGCAAACAUACCAAUGCUUAUACGAAGGAAAGAGACCAAAAGCUAUGGCACCAGAAAACUGAUUGAAGGAAAAUUUAAGAAAGGUGACACAUGCAUAAUUAUCGAGGAUGUGGUUACCUCUGGCUCGAGCAUCUUGGAUACCUAUAGGGAUUUGACACAAGAGGGCCUUGUUGUCACAGAAGCAGUCGUUGUUGUUGAUAGAGAGCAAGGCGGUACACAAAAUGUUGCUCAGUAUGGAAUACAAAUGAGUAGUCUAUGCACUCUUUCACAGAUUAUGGAUAUUUUACAUGAAGCUGGAAAAGUGGAUCUGUCUGUUGUGGACAGUGUAAGGAAAUACAUAUCAGCAAGUCAGAUUCCUCUGAUCAAUUACAUCAAUACUACAGUUGCACCUGCAGAUGAGCAAUCAAACCGCCUAACGAUGUCAUUUGCACAACGUGCUUCCUAUGCUGGCAAUUCUGUAGCUGCAGAACUUUUUGCUGUAAUGACGAAGAAGAAGAGCAACUUAUGCUUAGCUGCAGAUAUGCCAAAAACUGCAGACUUGUUAACUUUGGCCAGAGCUGUAGCUGAACACAUAUGUCUCUUGAAAAUACACUGUGAUAUUAUUGAAGAUUUUAGCAAGAGUUUUGUACAGGAAUUAACAACACUUGCUAAAGAGCAUAGUUUCCUCAUUUUGGAGGACAGAAAAUUUGCUGACAUAGGUCACAUAAGUACCUUGCAGUAUUCCACUGGAACUCAUCACAUAGUAUCCUGGGCUGAUGCAGUGACAGCCCAUGCACUACCGGGUGAUGGAAUACUAAAUGGUCUCAAAUCUCAGAUUGGUGGACGCAAAAGGGGAUGUUUUGUAGUUGUGGAAAUGAGUUCUGAAGGAAAUCUAGCUUCCCAGCAGUAUAUAUCUGAUGCAUUGGAUAUGUGUUUGAAACACGAAGAUUUUGUAUGUGGAAUAGUUUGUCAGAGUCCCCGCCUGCUGCAGUCACCAGGCAUCGUUCAGUUGUCACCUGGUGUCAGUCUAAGCCAAAGAAAAACAACAGACGGCCUUGGGCAGCAAUAUACAACACCAGAAGAUAUUGUAUUGGUAAGAGGUGCAGAUGUAGUCGUGGCUGGGAGAGCUAUAUCAGCCAGUGAUGACCCAGUGGCCUCUGCAUCUGAAAUACGUUCACGCCUGUGGAAUGCAUAUGAACAGCGCAUAAAAAUAAGUGACCAAACUGAAUAAAUGAGAUAAUGGAACACUCAGUGUUAUCAAUCAUCAAUGUUUUGUAAAAACCUUAAGUAUUAUUUGAAGUAUAUUCUAUUCCCACCUCAGAAUUAAUUAUAUUCUGUUAUUUUCAAAUAGUUCACCCUCAUUGGAUUUAAGAUUUUGUAAUGAUUAAUAAUUGAAUAAUUCACCCAUUGGAUCCAUAGUCAAUAAUUUGAAAAGCAGCAGUUGUGCCAUGAGAUGAAUCUUGCUCCUCUUAUUUUUUAAUCAGAUCUGUUAAGAAAACACCUGUUAGGUCUCAAGUCUGUUUUAUAGUUUUGUCUAUGUAUAAACAUAAAUACUGUGGUGAUAAAAAAUCUAAAAUUUCUGUAUAUUAAUGUUUUGCUUUGGAAAAAGGGUGAUGCGUAUAUAUUGCUGUUAUUGUAGGUAUAAUUACUUGAACAGUUAAUAACCACUCUCAAUGCUUUCGAAUUAGAUUUCUUCACCAUUACCUUCACUUGGUCUUCCUCUCUUCCAUUCCACUCUUCUCCCCUCUUUCAUCAAAUUCCUGUUAGGUCUAUACCCUAUAAAUAGCUAUAGCUAGAUUGCUUUGUUCUGGCAGACCGACUUUCAAACAUUGUUGGUAACAUAGCACAGAAUUCCUAACAUUAAAUUCUGAAAGGUAAGGUUGCUGUCAACUGUAGGUUUGAACACCACAGUAUUUUCUUACUGAAGGCUGAAGUGGUAUCUCCAUUUCUCUCAUGUGUCAUAAUAUGUGUAUGCAGUUUCUUAGUCAUGUAAAAACUGAGUACUACUGAAUCACAUGGUUUCAGAAAGAAUUGUACCAGGGCCAUUCUUUUGGACACAAUUUUGUGGGGCCACCUUCUCUGUAUAUUGCAAUACUUUUUAUUUAUAUUUUUUCAUUGUGAAGUCCACAGUGUCAUUUUGUAUCUGUACUACACAUAAAUUCACGAGUAUUUGUAUUCUCACCUCAGAAUUAAUUAUAAGCUGUUAAUAUUCAAAUAGCGUAUUGUCAUUGGGCUGUAGAUUUUUAAUGAUUACCAAUUGAAUAUUUCACCCACUAGAAAUAUUUGUUGUUUUUCAUAUUCAUAUGAAGUGAUUAACUUAUUUUGGCUGGCAAUCGUGUAAAGCUCAUCUUUUGCCACAAGAAUCUCAUUAUAAUCAAAUAUCUGAUUCGAACAUGACCAUUAUAUAUCCCAGUAGAUAAAAUAUUUAUUUUCUCAUAUGAAUGUUGUAUCUGUGUUACAAAAAUAUUGUAUGAAAAGGAUAGUUGCUACCAGCCAUAUAGCAGACAUACUGAGUCGCAGAUAGGCACAACAAAAAUACUGUCAGAAAGUGAGCUUUCGGCCAACAAGGCCUUCGUCAGAAAUAGACAACACAAGCAAAUGCGCUUGGCUCCCUCCC